CCUAGUUGCUCCUUCCGCGCUCGGCUCGCCCGGCACGCUGCGUGCCCGACGGCGGCUGGGGCGGAGAUGGCUGCCUCCCUGCAGCGCAUCGAGCGGCUGUCCAGUCGAGUGGUGCGCGUCCUGGGCUGUAACCCGGGCCCCAUGACCCUGCAGGGCACCAACACCUACCUGGUGGGGACCGGCCCCAGGAGAAUCCUCAUUGACACUGGAGAACCAGCAAUUCCAGAGUACAUCACCUGUUUAAAGCAGGCUUUGACUGAAUUUAACACAGGAAUUCAGGAAAUCAUAGUUACUCAUUGGCACCGUGAUCACACUGGAGGCAUAGGAGAUAUUUGUAAAAACAUCAGUAAUGGCACUGAAUAUUGCAUUAAAAAACUCCCAAGAAAUCCUCAGAGAGAAGAAGUUAUAGGAGAUGGAGAACAACAAUAUGUAUAUCUGAAAGAUGGUGAUCUGAUUAUAACUGAGGGUGCCACUCUAAGAGUUAUAUAUACACCUGGACAUACUGAUGAUCAUAUGGCUCUACUUUUAGAAGAGGAAAAUGCUCUCUUUUCUGGAGAUUGCAUCCUAGGGGAAGGAACAACUGUAUUUGAAGAUCUCUAUGAUUAUAUGAAUUCCCUAAAAGACUUAUUGAAAAUCAAAGCUAAUAUUAUAUAUCCAGGACAUGGCCCAGUAAUCCAUGAUGCUGAAGCUAAAAUUCUACAAUACAUUUCUCACAGAAAUACACGAGAAGAGCAAAUUCUUACAGUAUUUCGUGAUAACUUCGAGAAAUUCUUUACAAUAAUGGAGCUUGUAAAAAUUAUUUACAAGAAUACACCUGAGCAUUUACAUAAAAUGGCUGAACAUAAUCUCUUGCUUCAUUUGAAAAAGUUGGAAAGAGAAGGAAAAAUAUUUAGCAACACGGAACCUGACAAGAAAUGGAAAGCUAAUCUUUAGUUUCAGAUUAAUAUAAGCUUGUUUUCUUUUCUUUUUAGAUGAUAAUAUCUUUUGUUGUCUAUGAAUUAUUCACAGAGAAUAUAGCAUUUAGAACAUUGAAAUUAACC